AUGUCCGGGAUUCUUGCUCAAGUUCCUGUAGUUAACAAACUACUGGGACUUGAUGUUAACCGCCAAGCCAUCAACAUCCCCUCGGUUGAGAUUCAUCACAUUGAGACAGACCCGAGCAAACGGGCACGAUGUCUAAAGCACCUCUUGAAAGCAAAUCAUGCUAACUACUCGAUCGUCUACAACAACCUUCAAUACGAUAAUCACAAUGCUCAUAUCCUCAGCUCAGCAUACCUCUUGGGGGCAAGUGUUCCUCAACUAAAUGACAUCUAUGACAGAGAAAUACGCGAGCUGGAGGCAUGGGUACCGUCGCCCGCUGAGAUUGGAGAGGAUGAUUGGCAAGAGCUUCGGGGCGAUGCAAGGUACCAGCGGGCUUUUGUGGACUUCUUUGAAGACAAGCUCGUUAUGCGAUUUAAUUAUGACUGGCACCAAGAAAUGGAGCAUUAUCUGUUCACUGGCGAUGAGCCUCUCAUCAAUGGUCUGAUCGGCGGUCUCGGACACCCGCUGAUCCAUCUAGGCUAUGCCUUCGAGAUGGAUUGUAAGGAACUUGCCAUGGAAGCCCUCGGACUUGCUUGUGUCCAGCAUGACUUUCUCCAUAAGUACCUCGACAACAAGUCGUACACCAGAAAGGCCCCUUUUACCUCGGCCUCCCCAAUGGACCUUCUCACCAAACUAUCGAAGGACGGUAGAUUUGAUGACGUCAGAUCCGGCCUGUACGACCUGGAAGAGCUCUUCAGCUCACAUGAGGACAUCAUCUUGGAGUACUGGAACGCAUGGGAAAUCACAGAUCCUGUGAAGCAGUUCGAACUGUCCCAAGAAGCCGCAGCUGCUUUGCUAGUAGCCACAGUCAAGCCAGGCACCCAUGCAUUCAACUUCAUGCUCGUGCAUAUACUAACAACCAGCCAUGCCGUCCGAGUUCUUCUCCCCUUCAUUCCCGAAAAAUAUCAUAUUCCUCUUGUCCGGCAAUGGUGGCUUCUGGCCUUGGGCAUUUUUAUCGUGAAACGACGGCCACUCCCAGAUCCGGAUAACAUGGACAACGACCCCAAACAACGAGGCUGGAAGUACGUCGAGGACAAGGCAGUGAACUCUGACUGGGCUACAGAUGCUCAUUACGUCAAAGUAAACAGCAUCAUCACCAUCUCCCCACGGCAUGCGAAAAGCUCUGACAAGCACGGUACAAUUCGAUCGCUUACCCCUUCAGAACGUUAUGCUGUUGCUGCAAAUGAACUCUCUGCGCUGAUGGCUCCGCCCGCGAAGCGCCGCCGGCGGAAUGUCGUUGACGCUUCAGACGAUGAAGACGAAUCGCCCCGUGCAAACACCCUGUCCAAGUUUUUGAUUACUUCACCAAGCUCCUCUACCAAAAGCCGCGUCGCUACAGCUUCCCCGAGCCCGACAAAACCUAAAAUCGUCAAUAGCAAGCCAACCAAGAAUGCUUCACUCCGGCUACCUCGUCGAGCGCAAGCGAAGAGCAAUAGCACGAGUCCAAGCGCGAAGCGUACCAAGGAUGUUGGCAAAGCAGCAGAUACUGGAAGAACAGCUGAUUUGAAGACGCUCUUUUCGAACCAGGCACAAAGGGCUGCGCGGUCGAGUGCUGGAGAUACGCAAUCCAUCCCUCUCGAAGAUAUUAUCAGUGAUCCUAUCUCAGAGGAUGAUGAGAUCUCGGAACUUAAGGCAAGCUCCGCAAGCUUAGUUGGACAACAUGCGAAAAAGAGACUACGAAAUGACUCGCAAUCGUCGUUGUCUAGUGUACCCAGCGCCAGCCAAAAGUUCAUCAAACCACCUAAGCCAGUACCUAUAGCUAGGCCAAACGACGAUGCACGCCCUUGGUCAGAACGAUUUGGACCUCGAAAUCUGGAGGAGUUAGCAGUUCAUAAGAAAAAAGUCUCUGAUGUGAGGAGGUGGUUGGAGGAUGUAACAGCCGGACGCAUGCGCCAGCGUCUGCUAAUUCUCAAAGGUGCUGCUGGGUCCGGGAAAACAACAACCCUGCGACUGCUGGCAAACGACAUGGGUAGUGAGCUUCUUGAAUGGCGAAAUCCUGCGGGAAGCUCUGGGCUGGGUUUCGUUUCAGCAUCUGCGCAGUUCCAAGAGUUUCUUGGUCGUGGUGGUAAGUUUGGAGCAUUAGAGACCGAUGCUACAAUGUCAUCGACCCAGAACAGCUCUCAGAUCAACCGAAAAAAUGAUUCGAAACGAGUUAUUCUCAUCGAGGAGUUUCCUAACACAUUUUCAAGAUCUUCAACGGCUUUAACAUCCUUCCGGAGCACCGUUUUACAGUACCUUGCCAAUAGCACACCCUCUUUAUCCAUGCUUGCGAAGCCUUCACAGCAUGAGCCCAUAACACCGGUGGUCAUGGUCAUUUCAGAAACUCAUCUGACUACGACCUCUGCAUCAGCGGACAGUUUUACUGCACAUCGACUUUUGGGGCCGGAAAUCCUACAACAUCCAGGGGUUGGUAUGAUUGAGUUCAAUGCCAUUGCCCCCUCAUUACUCCUAAAGGCACUGGAACUCGUUGUCCAGAAAGAGGCCAGAAAAUCUGGUCGCAGGAAAACACCAGGACCUCAAGUUCUAAAACGCCUUGGUGAAAUUGGAGACAUCAGAAACGCCGUAUCAUCUCUCGAGUUCCUGUGUCUGAAAGGUGACCAGCAAGGAGACUGGGGCAACAAGGUCGUGCUCACAAAGCUGACCAAAGGCGCGAAAGAUGCUAUCAAACUCACACAAGGCGAAGAGGAGAGUCUGGAACAAGUAUCUCAACGUGAAGCGAGUCUAGGCAUCUUCCAUGCUGUUGGAAAGGUUGUCUACAACAAACGAGAUGAGCUUCCUCCGCCAGGAGGUAACGAUAUCGAGAAUCUCCCAACUUUUCUUUCGCAUUUCUCGAGACCGAAACGCUCACAAGUGUCUGUUGAUACGCUCAUCGAUGAAACGGGCACAGAUACACAUACUUUUGUUUCGGCAUUACAUGAAAACUACGUUCUAUCCUGUGAGAGCACAGAUCCUAUGGACUUGUCAACACCAAUGGACUACGUUAAUGACUGUAUCGAAUAUCUGUCACAAGCAGAUCUCCUCUCACCAUCAAGAGAUAUCUUCUUCGGCGGCAGAGUUGGCUUUUCAGGUCCAGAUUCUGGCAGCCAUGUGCUCCGGCAGGACGAAAUAACUUUCCAGGUAGCUGUCAGGGGCAUGUUGUUCUCACUUCCCAACCCUGUUAAGCGCAAAUCAUCAGUCAUGUCCAAGGGCAGCGACGCCUUCAAGAUGUUCUACCCCACGAGUCUGAAACUCUGGCGUGCCAAGGAAGAGUUAGAAGCGUUUGUGGAUAUGUGGUCUACAAAACUACUUAAAGGCGACGAUGGAGCAACGAAAAAUCUGACCGAUGGGGCCACAGCAUUUCGUCGUCCUCAGCAAUCAUCUGGCGAGACUUCCUGGAUGCAACGUAAGCAGCUAAAUCGUCAAGCGAUAGUGAAGCAGCAGCAGCAGCAAGAAGACGAUCCUGAAAGUGCGCCGCUUCUCUCGCUUGGCAGCGCAGCCCGGCGUGAGAUGCUCCUUGAGCGUCUCCCAUAUAUGGCGCACAUAGCUCGUGCUCGAAAAACACCAAGCUUCCGUUUGCGCGAACUUGAGAAGGUGGUUGCCUUGAAAGGUAUCAAUGCUGCCGAUGAAGAGUCUGAUGCAGAUGACGACAUGCAGCCGGGAGAGGCUUGGGCAACAGAUAAGCCAUCAGAAGAAAUAAGUCCCCGUAAGAGAAGUGCAGGUAUAAAGGAAGGAAAUGUUUCGGGCCUUCUCGCUCAGAAAUUGGUGCUGAGCGAUGAUGAUAUUGAGGAUUAA